UGGCAACCCUGGCUAUGAAUGAUGAUUUUUUCUUUUGAGGUUAUUCGUGACGAAUGCGUUAAGCAUUUGUAAUAUCUUACAUUUAAGCCACGAGGAAGCGACAGAGUCGUUCACAGUAUUAUUCGUAAAACACUGAUGUUUCACAUAUGUUUGUAACUUGAUGAAUAAAGAAACCUUCGUUGUCGAUGUGAUAGCGUGAAGCAAAUCUAGGAUAGCUUAUAUUACCAUUACAAGUUAGAGUAUCUGUGUGAUAUUUGGAACAAACACAGGUACUCAAGUUAUAUUGGUGCUGAAGUUGGGACAACAUAAUGCUAACAUCUGUAUCUGCAGCACCUUCUACUUCCAUGAGUAGUUCUGGAUUACCAAGUCCGACCACUGACUCAUUUGAUGAUACUUUCAACAAAUUAACAGAAUAUCUGCAGCAAUUAGCUGGAAACUAUGAGAUGGAAGUUGAUUUAAUACUCAAAGACCAUUGUUAUGCGCGACCCUGGAAUUGGAGGCCAGAAAAUAUUUAUGUAAAGCCUGUAAAAAGACUGUUCUUUUCAAAAAAUAUUGUGACAAGUGAUAAACAUAAGAAAAAUGAAGAGAUUGUUGUGGAAGACAUUGCAAAUGACUCAUCAAUACCGCCGUUGGAUCUAACAAAAGCUCGACAACAAAUGGAUGAAUUUCAGCAUAUAACAAAUAUCGCGCGACCAGAAGAAGAUGAGGAUUGGGAGGACAAGAUAGACAAAACAUUAUGGUCUUCGACACAGAAUAGGAUUUUCACCAAAGUUACACGUAUACUAAACUCGGAAAGGCUUGCCAGAUUAGCGAAAGCUAAGAGUAGAACGGAGCCGAUCUUUCGACGAACGUCCGUGGAUAUCGCAGCAAGAAGAUUUCGAGAGACGUUAGCGUCAACUGGAUGGGACUGGAGAUUAGUGCAAUGGCUGCAUCAUUUACUGUUCGAAUAUCUUUCCCAGGAAUAUCUGGUUAUUUAUUUGGACAUCUUACAGACUCUAAGACCAAAGAUUACGCAGUUGAUCGACAAGAUGAUCGCGGUACAACCGAAUAUUAAUUCUAGAACAGGUCCUGUAACAUGGGAAACACUGGGAUCACUUUUAAAACGAUCAUGGGACCCAGUUUCACAGAGUCUGAGCGGAAGUAGACUUAAGAAAUUGCCUGGAAAUCCGAUUUUAAUAAUAGUACCCUCCGGCGUUACGUCGACCGUUUCUUCGCGUCAGACCAAAUGGAUCGCGCAACUGGGCUCGUUAGGUAUGGUUAUUACUGUUCAUAGCCACCUGGGAUUGGCGGCGAACAGAAUGACUAUGUUGGUGGUUAUGGAUCAGUUGGUUCAAGCUACAAGAGCGAAGAUACAGGAUGUCAGAAGCGACUAUCCUGGUAGACCGAUAAUAUUGGUUGGUUUCAAUACUGGUUCGGCGCUUGCGUGUCAGGUGGCACAGAUGGAACACGUAACCGCUGUCAUCUGCAUCGGAUUUCCUUUCGCGACAGUCGAAGGAAAACGAGGUACUCCCGACGAUACUUUGAUGGAUAUUCGUUGUCCCGUAAUGUUCAUUAUUGGACAAAACGCUACUCUCGCGACAACCGACGAUCUGGAAGAGGUGCGAGAAAAGAUGUUGGUCGAGACAAGUCUGGUAGUCGUGGGAACGGCGGACGACCACCUGAGGAUAUCCACGUCCAAGAAAGUGCUCGAGGGCAUCACGCAGAGCAUGGUGGACAGGUGCAUAUUGGAUGAGAUCGGCGACUUCAUCGGCGGUAUCCUGCUGCAACCGCAUCCGUUACCGUUAAGAUCAUCGUUGGCGACCAACUGCGACAACAAGAGCAAGAAGGAAUCUCAUAAGCGACGAAAUUCUACCAGCAGUUCCGUGGAGAGCGAACCCAACUCGCCGAUCACGAAGAAGUCGCAGUCGAACACGCCAGUGUCGUCGGUCGGGACGAACGCGACGACAGGCGUAGUUUCCAAAGUAGGCACAUUCAACACCCAAACCAAUCUCAUGCAAGUGAGCGGACAGCACAGCAACCAUACCCCCAACCCGAAACGAAAGCGAACCGCCGGCAGUCAGAAGAACCAAUUUGGCGAGCACAUGAAAGCUACCAGACUACCAGGACAGACAAGCAUCAACGCAGAAAAUGGCAUAACACUCAAUAUCGGCACGCUGGCGAGCCUGGCACCCAUAGGACCGAUACGUUUAGCACCUACCACCGUUGGCCAAGGUGUGAGCACGUCCCCGAAGACAUCCGGCGCGACGAAAUCUGCGACCGCGUCCGUCAAGAUACCGAAAAUCGUUUCGAACAUGCAAGGUGUCUCGAAGAUAAAAACACUCGUACCUACCUACACGCCCAUCACGAAUGUGAUCUCACACAAUUACAGACAAGCAAACGUACCUGACAAGAGCGGGGACACGAAGCUGAUGAGUGUCUUUACCGCGAGCGGAAAUCAAAUUAGAGUUAAUACAAACGCCGGAGGAACUCUCAAGCCAGUCACGUCGGGCGGCGCGUUGUCGAAUCUUCUGCAAGCCGGAAAGGGCUCCACCACAAACGCCGCAUCCUCUGUCCGCGUGUCGUCGGCUUCCAGCAUACUGUUGACUACCAGCAAUCCGGCAAAUAGUAUAGCGCCGUCCACAUCGUCCAAUUCAAAAGCGAUGGAGGAGAUGGAAGUAAGCAGUGACGCUCACCAAGCGAUGCUCGGUUCGACUCACUCGCUGGACGUGUCCAGGUCAGCGCACUUGCCACGACAAGGAACCACAUCGACUAAUAGCGAUAGCACGCACAGUACGUCGUGCGGUAACAUAGUCAUUAUCGAGAAUUCCCUUCACAACCGAGGCGCGCCUUCGUCGGUGAUCGUACCGUUUAACAGCCAAGGUUGUUCGAGCGCCGUCUUGCCCUUGUCCAACAAACUGAAGAUUUCCCACAAGUCCGUGAAAACGAUGCCGAAGAUCACUGUCAAUGCGAACAACCUGCAGCGACUGCAACAGAAAGCCAAGUCCCAGUCGAGUGUGCCGAGGAAGAAUCUCGUGAACGACAUAGACGACGAUCUGGGAAACAUACUAGACAUACCGAUAAUCUUCGCCAAAGACGACGACAGCUUGAGCAACAUCGACAAGAUGCCGGUUGUUGCUCAGACAACGAUGGUGAAGGAACCUCAGGAGAAGCCGAAGUUGAACAGUACCACUAAGGUGGUUCUCAUAAGCAACAAACAGGACAAACUGCAACAGCCACAGCAGAACAAACUCGUAGCAAGUUCCACGCAGGCUGUCAUAUGUCCGACGAAUACGUCCAUGCAGAACUUGAAUCACCUGAUACUGCAGGCGCGGUCGCAAAAUAGCAACAACACUAGCAGCAACAACAGUGGUAACAUCCUGCCGGCGAAGAACAGAGUCGGGGUGUCGAUGGAAAGUCGACUGGUGCAGCCGACCGUCAAGUACACAAAGAUCAUCUUGGCGAAGAGGAACACGCUGCUGCCGCAGCAGAGCAAAAGAGCCGAGCAGGUAGUCACGGCGAAGACCUCGGACGAUACGAGUGCACCCAAGAUCUUGACCUUCGAGAAGGACGACAAUAGAUACGUGCAGGCGACCCCCAUCGUGUCGGCCAACUACGAGGAUCCCUUCGUGGACAAUAUGCUGGAGAUCGAGGAUGUCAUCAAAACAAACAUUAUAGAGCGCAAGUACGUGUCCACGUCUGCGAUAGAUCCAACGUCACCCAUGACCCUCGCCGACGACGAUUGUCUGGCGGAUAUUUUAGACGAGACGAAGUUGGACGAGACGCAGCCAGAGCAGUCCGUCUUCAACGACGUAGGUGAAAUGCGAUCGUAGAGUUCAUACUCGACUGCUUCCUGAGAUUUCAGAGA